AGGUGAUGGCCCCCUUCAACUACGUUUUGUGUUCCCAGGCCGCCGCGCUGCUGCGGUCCUUCUCCAUCGGCGACGAGCUGGUGCUGGCUGCCGCGCUGCUGUUCACUCGCUGUGCCGACCUGGACGAGAACGUGACGGAGCUCAUGAAGGGACUGGGGGACGCACACAGCCAGGACGCGUUGCAGCACACUCUGGGCUGGUAUUCGUUUCUUCGGUUUACGAACCCCACGGGCCACUACGAGCUCGCCCUGAGCUCCCGGGUCCAUGCCGCCCUGGCCGCCCGCCUCAAAGACGUGGCCUUCAGUGAGCCGGUGGACUCCCUCAACUGGCACAACGUCGUACACGACCAAUACACAAAGGUCACAAAGGUGGCCCCUAAUUUCGGUCCCCCGGAGGACUGGAAGGGCAUCGUGCCCACGUUCGGUACCUUGUCCUUUGACUUCGUUAGCGGCGUGCUGGCGCCGGAGAGCGCCCAGCCCAUCAGUAACGACCUGCUGAACGAGGUCAUCACAACUGAUUUGGGUAUCGCUCUGGACGCUUGGGGCCGGCCGGUUCCGGAGCGGGAUUUCGAGGUGGCCUCUCACCAGGUUGCGAGGUUGCGGCCCGUCGUGUCCAACAUGACCUUCACUUCGGAGCAGGUCAAGAAGCUGGUGGGGGCGUUUCUGUUUUCUUUUCUCCACGCCGCCGUUUGCACAUUUUCGCCUGAUUUUAAAUAA